GGCGUACGGAUUCCUGGUUGCCAAAAGUUUCCAAUCAGUCAUUCCAGAUUUUAAAAUCCGUUCAGUUUCGUCGCUUUCACUUGGAAACCAUUCAUGAUGAAGUUUAUGAAAGUUCUUGUGGUGUGCUGGCUGAUGGUUUCUUGUGUCCACUCGCAAGGAUCACUGACAUCUGAAACCCCAACUAUAGCUCCUGAGUCGACAGCGUCACCAAAUCCAACUCCUGAAAGCACAGCCCCACCCAAUCCAACUCCUGAAAGCACAGCUCCACCCAACCCAACUCCUGCAACCACAGCUCUACCAAAUCCAACUCCUGAAAGUACAGCUUCACCAAAUCCAACUCCUGAAAGCACAGCUUCACCAAAUCCAACUCCUGAAAGCACAGCUUCACCAAAUCCAACUCCUGAAAGUACAGCUUCACCAAAUCCAACUCCUGACAGUACAGCUUCACCAAAUCCAACCCCUGCAACCACAGCUUCGCCCAACCCAACUCCUGAAAGCACAGCUCAACCAAAUCCAACUCCUGAAAGCACAGCUUCACCAAAUCCAACUCCUGAAAGCACAGCUUCACCAAAUCCAACUCCUGAAAGCACAGCUUCACCAAAUCCAACUCCUGACAGUACAGCUUCACCCAACCCAACUCCUGAAACCACAGCUUCGCCCAAUUCAACUCCUGAAGCUUCAACUUCACCAGCUCCUGAAACACCAACACCUGAAACUCCAAAACCAGAUCCCUGCCUCUCAAACCCUUGCCCAGACAACAGCAAGUGUGAACAACGCUUUGAUGGUUACACUUGUGUUUGUAGACCUGGGCUUGUGCUACAGGAUGAAGUGUGUACUUCAGCCAAGGUUUUUACUGGAAAUUUGAGGAUUGUCCAACAAGCUUUUGAGCAAGACAUGGAAGAUAAAACAAGUGAAGUGUUCAAAAAGACCACUGCUGACAUAGUGGCUGAGCUUCGGACAGUUCUUGGGACAUCUAAAGGAUACAUCACUUCCACUGUUCAAAAGCUAAGCAAGGGAAGUGUGGUCGCUGAUGUGGAGAAUAUCUAUGAGCUCUCUUCUGAUGUCACUGCGGAAGUUGUGAAUAAAGCAGUGGCAAAACGAGCAGAAUGCUCUGGAUGUCUAUUCGAAAAAGCUAAACUGGAAGAUACCAGUUUGUGUGAUGCUGCCGAUGCCUGUGACCUGCUCACUACCACCUGCAAUGAUACAGGCGGAGUACUCUCAUGUGACUGUAAGGAAGGCUAUGUGAAGACCGACUUCACUGACCGAUCCUGCUCAGUGUGUCCAUCUGGAUAUGAAGCAAAGGACAACAAAUGCGAACCCUGCUCAUUUGGGUAUUCUGGAGUGAACUGCAAGGAAUCUUACCUCCUGGCUGUGGUGGUUAUCUCCUGUGUCCUGGGUGCACUGCUGCUCAUCCUCCUCAUCAUCCUCAUCGUGCUCUGUUGCAAGAAAUCAAAGAAAGGCUCCGGCAGCCUGGCCAAGAGCAGCCCUUAUAUAGACAUGGACUUCCGGAACCAGGCGGUGCCUAAGAUCCCAAGAGCCACUCACAACAACAAGGGCUGGGAGCCGUCCAAUCUGGAGAUGGUGGAGAGCGGAAGCACACGCGCGCUCGUCAAUCCCAGCAAUGGCAUGAAACAAUACAAUGGCGGUGUGGCUGCUUACCGGACACACGGACAAGUGAACCCCUACUAUCAACCCAACGAAGACCAGGCACGGAGAUAUUGACAUUCCAGAAGCACACAGAGCUGUUCCGCAUUCUGAAGACUGCACAGAAUGAUCUGAACCUUCCAUGUCAUGCAGUUCAUGAGCCUGACUUCAACUUGAACUGAAGUGGCAGCUCAAAUGGGACAAUAUAUACCUUUAUAUUUAUGUCGGGGUGGAAACGUUUUUUUUUUAUUUUGGAAUAAUUUGUACAUACACAUGUUUCCACACAGAUAAUAUGUGGGAAAACAUUGUCACAAACAAGGUUUUUGUGUUUUAUCAGAGACUGAUAAAGGAGCAAUUCUGAUACAAAAUGACUUUGCAGUGCCUGACUUAACAUGACUUGACCAAAUUCAACAUGUCAAUACAAUUUUCUACAAUGUGCCUUUUCGACCCAAUAUCAUUUUCUGAUUUAUUGUACUUUAUACCUCUGUAACUGUUGUCAAUCCCCUUUUUGCGGCCAGAUCUCAUCUUAUGUCAGGCCAUUGCACACUGCCAGUAAUGACUGGGAAGACAUCUUAACAUUUUAAAAUGAAAGCUUUAAAUAACAGUAACCCUAACCCAUAGAAAUGGGAAUUUUCACACAACACAUCGCAGAACUGUCAUUUAGCACCACUAUCUGGCUGGUUGUAUGAACUACAUUUCCGACCAGCACUUGGCAGAAAAAUGCUGGUUACAGUAAAAAAAAGUCAGUCACGCUCUCUAAGAGUCAGCCAAACUUUCACAAUGUCUGGUUUUGUGGAGGACAAAAGGUGUUGUUUGCUGAUUUGUUUUUAUGUUUGCUUUGUUUUUGUUUUUUUAUGUCAUAUUUUCAAUGACGUCUUAAUGACGCACAAAUGACCCUUGAUUGCCUAUGACAUUGAUCCUGGGCAAAGAACUUUGACAUUGAUCCUGGACUGGAUUGCAGUAAUUACCUGGUGAUAUGAGAUUGUGCGUGAGAUUAGGAUGUAUCUGAUGUUCCCAUUUCCAAUCUCAUUGCUGUGUGUAAGUAUGGAAUAGAGAGCAGCAUAACAAGCUGUUGUGGCUGGCAGUGUGUUGCCAUGGCUAGUUGGCAUGGUGAUCAUUGGCAGUGGUAAACCUUUGAUUUCACACAUACAACCUGUGGUACAGCAGAAGACUGACUUCUCUCAGUUGCUAAUAUAGGAUUAUACAGGUAGCUGUUAAAAUCUGCUGGUCAUUGCUUGCCUGUCGCACCUCCUCCGGUGCCCAUGGGUCAGCGAGAGAAAUAAAGACUUGUAACACAAACAUUCAACUUUAUUGUAUCAAUAACAGGCAAACAUAGACAUACACAUUCAUUAUCUAUAAUACAUUAGUUCAUUUGAUAAACAUAGAAACUGAUAAAUAUAUGUAAAUGCCUAGUGUGUGCAGCAGUUGAGGCAGAGGCUUACUGACUGACGAGUUGUUUGUGAGGCAGUUGAGCUGUUUGGCAUUUGUUGGCUGCUGGCUUUAUCCCCUUCCUAGCAGCUGUGCUAGGGUGCGUUGGUUGCUGGGGCGUCAACGGUACUGAGUGGAGGGUGUCGAAUGUGCGAGGCAGUUGAGGGAAAGGCCUGCUUGAGGAGCUGUUGGAGGAGUUUGUUGGACUUUAGGGAGAAUGUAUUUCAGCUGCAGGGUCAUCAGCCGGAAACCACCAAUAUAAUACAAUAAAGCAUGUAUUUAUAUAGCACAGUAUGACAACUAUUAAGUUGACUCAAAGCGAUUUCACAUAAAUACACAUACACACACAUUCCCACAUU